GAAUAGUUUAUAGUAAUGCAGCAUAAUGCAGUAAACAUUUUUCUUGUAAAACAAAGGGGGGCCCAGCAAAAAAAGUUUGGGAACCACUGUUGUAGGGAGACAUGACAAAGAGCAAAGCAGGACUCAGACAUUAUAUACACACCAGGUAAUUAAGGAGAUGAGAAACACCAGGGAACACAGCUGAAUGGAAUCCGACUAAUGAGACAAAACUAAACACACCACACAUGAGACAAGGGACUAUCAAAAAUAAAAGAGGAAAUAACAAACACAGGUCAGGAUUAAGACAUGACACAGAGAUAAAGAAACGUGGCCAAACGACUAACUGGGAAGACAGAAUUGGAUCACAGAAGAUGAUAACUAUAGAUUAUGUGACUGAAUGAGGAACACAGACUGGAAACAAAGGGGAACUAAGAAGCAAUGAAAGGACUGCAUGCAAAGGAGCUGCGUGGUGAAGUGUGGCAGUACUCCAGUAGCCUGAUGUGCUUUCUGAACGGCCGUCUCCUCGGUGAUGAAAAGGAUCUCACCAGCUGGGCCAAGAAUCAGUGGGGUUUCACUUUCGCCCGGCCGCAAGCUUUCUACACGACUCUUGCUGAGGAGUACUAUACCAAACACCUCCAGAAAACUGGGCAUCAGUUUGUCUUCAUGGAUGUUGAGAUUGCGGGAGAAACUGCAGGGAGGUUAAUGUUUGAGCUCUUCUCAGAUAUUUGUCCAAAGACAUCCAAGAACUUUGAGGGUCUGUGCACAGGAGAGCAAGGACUGUCACAGAGUGGCUUCCCGCUCUGCUAUAAAGGCUCUCUGUUUCAUCGGAUUGUGCCCAAUGGAUGGGUGCAGGGUGGAGAUAUUUCUCCAGAGAGGAAAGGAAAUGGAGGCGAGUCAAUCUACGGGCUAAUGUUUGAAGAUGAGAAUUUUGCCAUUUCACACUCUAAGCGCGGCAUCCUGGGAAUGGCUAAUAAAGGUCCCCACAGCAAUGGAUCCCAGUUCUACAUCACCCUACAGCCAACGCCAUGGAUGGACAAGACCUAUGUUGCCUUUGGUCAAGUCGUUGAGGGUCUCGAUGUCCUGAGGAGGUUAGAAGAAGCUCCAACUUGCAAUGAAAGGCCCAAGUAUGAGUGUAGAAUUACAGCCUGUGGAGUGCUUAAACCAGAGCUCAUAAGCAUUAAUCAUUGAUACAUUUUUAAGCAUUUUUUUCCUCAGUUUUUGAAUCAGUAAAAUAAACAUGGUAUGCAUGUUUUCUUUUCCUUUUUUGUUAAAUAAAAGCUUCACAUUUGCAUUUUGAUUUUAUUUAAACUGCAUUUUUUAAGUCAAUAAGCAGUUUCAUUCUUUUUGAUGAAUUAGGCACCAUCUGCUCUGUGCAUGUUUGACAGAUGUAAACUUGUUAAACUUGUUAUAGGGCUUUUAUUGUAAUAUUUAUUCAUCUUUUUAAUUCAUCUUCUAUACAAGUAAAACCUGUGAAAUUUG